UAAUGCAUGACAUCGGUAUAAGGUGGCUCUUGUGUGUGUCAAAGUGUCAAUGACAGACGCCGCCUCGUGGUUUGUGCUCCAGUUUGGUGAUGUAAGAUCAGAUCCGGAUUCGUUAAUGUUGGGAGCCACCCUGUACAAGCCUUGACAGAGUUCGUCAUGCGCCCGAUGUUAGGCGACCGUAUGCGUGAAAGCACGAUCGACGCUCUUCGGGAUAGAGAGAUCGCUCUCUUCUCUCCCGACCGGCUAAGGCAAAGGACGUAUCGUUUGGUCCGUGUGUAAAAUAUUACAUUAUAUUAAUAAAAGUUAUUGUUGUAGAUCGAAGAUACAAAAGUGGCGACGAGAAUAAUUCUGGCGAGCUGUUUCCCGUGAUUUUAUCGAUUUUGAUUUCUAUUUUACCCGUUUUCUGUGUAAACGGAGGAUCCGUGUCUUUGACCUGAUGGAACGAAAUGGUGAACCAUCGCCAUCGCGGAGCAGCCAUGACCCAAGCCAGCGAACCGUCACCAAUUUACCGUUGGACACGAAUGCCUUCAUCCAAGACAUAUUUAAGCAGCAGCAGGAAAUUCUUCAUCAGCAACAACAGUCCUUUUUGCAACAGCAGGAGCAGCUAAUUACUAAAGUGCUAGCUUCAAUUGGAUCGCGACAACAUGUGGGAAAUGAACACAUUAUUGAUGCCCUAGCAAAACACAUACAAGAGUUCCACUAUGAUCCGGAGGAUGCUGUUACAUUCAGUGCUUGGUUUGCGCGAUACGAAGAUCUCUUCGAAAGGGAUGCGGAACGUCUGGACGAUGCCGCGCGAGUGCGUCUUUUGUUGCGGAAGCUGGGUGCAGCGGAACACGAGCGAUAUGUAAGUCACAUUCUUCCAGCUAAACUAAAUGAUUUCGAUUUUAGAUCGACGACUGGCAAGCUGAGAAAAUUAUUCGAUUCUCCUGAAUCCGUCAUCGCCAAACGGUACCGAUGCUUGCAGAUGUGUAAAUUGCAGGAAGAAGACUACAUGACUUACUCGUGCCGCGUGAACAAGGCUGUUAUAGAAUCCGAGCUGGGAAAGUUAUCCGAAGAGGAACUAAAAUGUCUAAUUUUUGUAUGUGGUCUGAAAGACGACAGUUAUUCCGAGAUUUGCAUAAGGCUCCUAAAUCGACUAGAGGAGAAAAGCGAUAAAACGGUAACGGAUAUGGCAGAAGAGUGUAAACGGAUGGUGAACUUGAAGCGUGAUACGGCAAUGAUAGGCGAGGGAGAGAAGAGUGUGAGCAUCGUUCGUGGAUCCCGUGAGAAAUACCCUAAGAAGGAGCACCAAGCGUGGAAACAGUCGAAUAAGCCAAAUGCAAUAAAAUGCUGGCUGUGUGGCGGAGGGCACCAUGCGCGAAAGUGUUUCCACAAGUCCUAUAAGUGCAAUAAUUGCCAUAGAUACGGACACAAGGAAGGGUACUGCGAGUCAGCUAUGAGAUGGGCCAAUGGAAAGAAGCGAUGCGUGAAAUCGGUGAUCGUGAACAGGGUGAAUAGUGCUAGCCGUGGCCGUGUAAAUUUAUUUUUGAAUAACACCCAGAUCCCGAUGAUGGUAGAUACCGGAGCCGAUAUAAGCAUAAUUUCGAGCAAGCAGUGGCACGCAAUCGGUAGCCCUGCAUUAAUUCCUGCAAGCGUGAAAGCGAGGACGGCGUCUGGUGAUCCUUUACACAUUUUGGGCGAGUUCCAAUGUGAUAUAACAAUUGGCCAGCAGUGCAAGCGUUUUACAAUACGGGUGACAGAAGCUGACCUAAUGUUGCUGGGAGCGGAUUUAAUGGACACAUUUGGUCUUUGGAAUGUUCCUUUGGCAUCAAUAUGCAGUGAGAUAAAUGUCGUAGAAGCAAGCGAGAAUACGAAGACCCUGCAAAAAGUUUUUCCUGCAUUAUUUUCGUCGAAGCUAGGGCGAUGUACGAAAGGUUGUGUGAAGUUGAUGCUGAAAGAAGGAGUGACACCAGUGUUCAGACCCAAGCGACCAGUAGCGUAUGCGAUGUUGCAAGCAGUCGACGAUGAGCUUCUGAGGCUGGAAAAUGAUGGCAUUAUUACACGAGUGGAAUAUUCGGAUUGGGCAGCACCCAUUGUAGUGGUACGCAAGGCGAAUGGAACCAUCAGGAUCUGCGGAGAUUAUUCAACGGGUUUGAAUAAUGCUCUAAUGGCGCACCAGUACCCACUGCCAUUACCCGAGGAAAUUUUUUCCAACUUGAGUAAUUGUGUUGUGUUUAGCCAGAUUGACCUCUCUGAUGCAUUUUUGCAGGUGGAGGUAGAUGAAAAUCAUCGCGGACUUUUAACGGUCAACACGCAUCGAGGUUUAUUCCGAUAUAACCGUUUACCACCCGGAGUCAAGGCAGCGCCGGGAGCGUUCCAGCAGUUAAUCGACACAAUGUUAGCUGGCUUGGAUGGUGUCGCAGCAUAUAUGGACGACAUCGUAGUUGGAGGCAAGGACAUGGCAACCCAUAAUGGCAACCUGCGAGCGGUUUUGGAGAAGCUGCAAGAGUAUGGAUUUACCAUACGCGCAAACGCUUCAUCGAUUGGAUUAGGAGCUACUAUAUCGCAUAGGUGGCCGGAUGGAAAGAUAAAAGUAGUCCAACACGCAUCGCGAGCACUUACAGCAGCUGAGCAGCGUUAUAGCCAACCUGAUCGUGAAGGGCUAGCGAUUAUUUUUGCCGUCACUAAAUUUCACCGUAUGCUGUUUGGACGACAUUUUCUUCUACAAACAGACCAUCAACCAUUGCUCCGAAUCUUUGGUUCGAAAAAGGGUAUACCUGUAUAUACCGCAAACCGUCUACAGCGUUUCGCUUUGACAUUACUGCUUUAUGAUUUUGAAAUAGAGUACGUACCAACUGAGAAGUUCGGAAAUGCAGAUGUGCUAUCCCGGUUGAUGGAUAAACAUGAAAAACCGGAACAAGAUUUUAUAAUUGCCAGUAUUGAACUAGAUAAUGAUGUCGGAGCCCUUGUGAAAAAUGCAGCGAAGAGUUUACCGCUGGCAUUUGAACAUGUAGCGCGCGAGUCGCAUAACGACCCUUUGCUUCAGGUCGUGUAUAACUACAUACAAAGUGGGUGGCCAAAGAAUAUAGAUAAUGCGGAAUUGAAAUACUUCUACGCGAGACGAGAGUCCCUUUCAACAAUUGAGAAUUGUAUUUGUUUUGGAGAGCGGUUAGUGAUUCCUGCGUCGCAGCGUCGGCGGGUGCUAGAAAUGAUUCACCGUGGUCAUCCAGGAAUCGAUCGUAUGAAAGCUAUAGCACGAAGUUAUGUUUAUUGGCCAUUGAUAGACGCGGAUGUUGAGAAACUUGUAAAGUUAUGCAAAUCGUGUGCUUUAGCAGCUAAAUCGCCAAUUCAUAGCUCUCCAAUAUCAUGGCCGAAAACUGAUGCACCAUGGCAGCGUGUUCAUAUAGAUUACGCUGGACCUAUAGAUGGUGUCUACUUUCUUCUGGUGAUUGAUUCCUUUUCUAAGUAGCCUGAAAUUAUUUCGACUUCAAGUAUAUCCGCUAAUGCAACCGUCACUAUGUUGAGAGGAUUGUGUGUUAGAUUUGGCAUGCCUAACACGAUAGUGAGCGACAAUGGUAGGCAGUUUACCAGUGCAAUUUUUGCCGAUUUUUGCAACACUAAUGGAAUCGAGCAUAUGGGCAAUGGGCAAGCAGAAAGGUUUGUUGAUUCCUUUAAAAGAGCGCUCAAAAAGAUAAAGGUGGGGAAGGUGUCAUUACAGGAAGCCUUAGAUACGUUUCUCCUGACCUACAGAAGUACACCGAACAAGCAGCUAGAAGGAAUGCGUACUCCAGCAGAGGUCAUGUUUGAACGAAAAAUCCGUACUUGCUUGGAACUGCUGCGUCCCCCAGUACAAGUUGAAUCAACGAGCAGGCAGAUGCCACCCAGAAAGUUCCACGUUGGUGAAACGGUUUAUGCUAAGGAGUACCGUAAUAAUUCCUGGAGUUGGAUUCCUGGUGAGAUCACCAAACGGCGUGGAAACGUAAUGUAUGAAGUACAGAACGCAGCCGGAAAGAAGUGGCGUUCACACAUCAACCAGCUACGACCACGAUUGAAUAUCGGUACACAUACUGUCCAACCAGACGCUACGGAAACUUCAAUGGCUUUGAACAUUUUAUUGGAUGAAUGUCGAAGCACUGCUAGUGACAGCUUUACCUCGGCGGUGUUACCUCCUGGGAUUUCUGUGCCAUCGUCAUCGUCAUCGUCUUUAAUGUCAGCGUCUUCGUCAUCGUCGUAUUCGUCUUCGACGUCGUCUCCAUCGUCUUCAUCGUCAUCCCCGUCACUGUUACCUUUCAUGUUACCGAAAAAGGGUAUACCUGUAUAUACCGCAAACCGUCUACAGCGUUUCGCUUUGACAUUACUGCUUUAUGAUUUUGAAAUAGAGUACGUACCAACUGAGAAGUUCGGAAAUGCAGAUGUGCUAUCCCGGUUGA